GAGGAGGAAGGGCGAGGAAAUCUGGCCACGUGCCGCCAGCUCGGGACUGGCAGGCUUUCAUUCUGAUUGUGUCACUGCUCAGCCGCCCUCGCCUCGGCGCCGCGCAGGGCGCCGCGAUGCCGCCGCCCGCCUCCAGUCUGACAGGAGCCUACGAGCAGCAGAAGGUGGAGUCCCCGCCGUCCCGUUGUCCCUCUCCCCGUGCCGCAGGGACCGCCACAGCGGCGGGGUUCGGGGGCAUCGCUCCCCGCCCGCUUUUCUUGCGUUUGAACUAUGGAGCUGCUAUGCGCUUUCUCUCUGCCUCUCCUUCUCUCUCUCUCUCGCCCUUUCUCUUCUUUUGUAA